CCACAAUCUUAAUAUAAACCUGUUGGUCGACAACAGGUGUGCAUACACGAAGGCUACGUGGACCCACAACUAUGGCAGGUAAGCCAUGAUUGUCAUAAAACUACCUUUUUUCAAAGUUUUCGAAGUAAUACGAAUGAUAACUGUCGCCAAAGUUUUUGGGCCUUCUAAAGUGGUUGUUUUAUACUGUAGUAUUGAAAUGGAAAAUUACUAAAUCCUCACCUCAAACAGAAUUAACUAUGUUAACUCUGUUUUGGGACCUCAGAUUGCAUAACAAUUUACGCGGUGUUGUUCAUAUUAACAUGUUGCUGCUUGUGUGGGCUUUAUUAAUAAAACUAUCAGUAGGAAGCCUGUUUCUGGUAGAACUACAUUUACAAUGUUUUACCUUUGGACAAAAGUAAUGGGCCUACGAUACGAAAUAGUGUUAUUUUACACUGCUACGCGUUGUCAAAAUAUUUACCAGGAAUGAAAUUCGAUCUAUAGGUAUAGUUUUAUCUGGAGAGGCUUAUUUGGGUGGCUACAGUGUGACAACAAUUAGGUGGAGUAGAUAAAACCUGUUGGUCUGCAUGCAUGAAACACGUCAUUAAAGAGAAUAUUUCUAACCAAUGAAAAACAACGCAAGACAAAGGAAGUUGGUGAGGUCAAAACAAAGCAGAUUCAAAUUGGUUUAUAAUGCAUCUGAACAAAUGUACAUAGCCCAAGCUGACCCAGAACUAUGGCAGGUAAGCCGUGUUUGUCAUAAAACUAUCUUGGGACUUUGUAACAUUUUGGUGCACCCUAUUACGCUACUGUAGCCUAUGAUAUUAUAGUCACAUUGGUUUCAUAAUAAUGGAGAAUGAUCAGUGUCAGAGUUUUUUUGUAGAGUAAAUUGGUCGGGCUAUACUAUGCUAUUGUAAUGGAAAACUACAAACUGUAAAGUUCAGAUCCACUUGUGUUCUGUAGAUUCCUGAUAUCUUCAGGGUCUGUGUAUGUCCACAACAAACACUUUAACGACCAGUCCGUGUCGACACAACGUCGGCAUCGACCGUUAAAGCAAAUCAACUCUUAGACAUGUUGCUUUAACAAGACCAAACUCGUGUUAACACGUAAUAUUUAGAUUUAGAUUAGACACGUUAAUGUCGGGUAGAUAAUCACACAUCAAACCUCUCAUUUUGACGGUUUAAAGGUCCCAUGGCAUGCGACUUUGUGAAUGCUUUAAUAUAGAUAUUAGUGGGCCCCAAACACAGUAUUUGAAGACGUUCCCGAAAUUCAGCCGUGGUGCAGAAUUACAGCCACUAUGAGCCGGUCGUACAUUGAGCUUUCCCCAGAUGCGCCGUUUUGGUGUCUGUAGCUUUAAUGCAAAUGCGGAGGAGAGAGGAGGGUCAAGGAGGAGGGUUUGGGUGUGGCCCUGAGCAGCUUGCAGCCACAAAAAACGUUGGUGCGGAGGGAUGGCGGAGGGAUGAUGUGUUUGUGAUGCGGUUGCGGAUAAAAUAAUAUUACAUCCGCGCAUCACUCUCUCUCUCUCUCAGACACACAAACGCGCGCGUGCGUGUAAGGCAGUUUAUUCCACUUGAAGCACCAGGCUCGAUAUCAAACACUGCAUUAGGCCUUUAAUAAGAAGUAGAGGAGAGUAAGAAGAGAGGAGGCUCAUGUGAGAAAACAAGGAACCUGAACCAAGUUACACUCACGACCAACGGAGUCGUUCAUUUUGAUCUUUGUAUUUAGGCCUGCUGACAGAUCUUUGAACAAAUAUACUCCACAUGAGAGCUCCACUGCAACUCACAAUCCAAAGUAAUACCCAAGAAUUUGAAUUGAAUUGUUUCAGACCUAAGAAGGAUCCCUUCUGAAUUUCUGCAGAGUUUCCGACCCAGUUAUCAAAGGUCUCCUGGUUGACCUUCAUGAUCAUGACGUGUUCAGUGAUGAGGAAAAUAAGGCUGUGAUUCAGGACCAGACAAACACAACAGACCGGGCACGGGAAAGGGGAGAAUCCAAGUCGGAUAAUGAUCGAUAGCAUGAAGAAGAGGGACAGACACUUUUGCAUCACCCUGAGUCUAAUCUCUUCUGAUUGUGUGGCCAGAGACUAUAAAGCAAGCUCCCCAGGGCCGGAUCUGUCUGAUAAGCAGCUCCAGGAUGUUGCAAAAACUCUGGGACAGGAGUGGGAGCAGGCGGCCAUCCACCUGGGGCUGAAGAACGAAGAUCUGGACGAGAUCAAGAACGAAGAGAUAGCUGAGUUCAUGCGGAAAUACAAGAUGUUGCAGCGGUGGAAAUCCCGAAGACCACAAGGAAAGACCACAGCACAGGACCUGCUGAGAGGUCUGGAAGACCUGGAGGACCUACCGGUCGAGACUCGUCGGUUGUUGACGGAACUUGAAUGGAUUCGCUCUGAUUUAGUCUACAUGUUGUCGGACGACGAUGUCAUCAAUCUCCUGCGUUACCUUAGGAAGAUGGAUGUGUUGAAUGACGAGGAGGAGAAGACUGUAGAGGGGAAGACGACCAGAAAAGACAAAGCACGUUGUCUCAUUGAAACAGUGAUGGAGAAAGGGGAGAGAGCGAGUAGCCUGAUGGUUGAUUAUCUGCCGGAGUGGCCCCCUCUAGUAUGGUAUCUGGGUCUGACCCCAACGUCUGCUCAGAGCAAACUUAGAAAGAUUCACCGUAAAUUCUUCCAAAUGUUAUCGGACAACGAGGUCGUCGAUGUCCUGCAGUACCUUAGGAAGAUAAAUGUGUUGAAUGACGAGGGGAAGACGACCAGAAAAGACAAAGGACGUUUUCUCAUUGAAACGGUGAUGAAGAAAGGGGAGGGAGCAUGUAGCCUGAUGGUUGAUUAUCUGACGGAGAGGAACCCUGAACUAUGCUCAGCCCUGGGUCUGACCCCAACUUCUGAUCGAAUCAGUGAGUUUAACAUGUUUUUAAAGUUCCCUUAACAUGUGCAUUAAGUUUUUCAGCAACUAAUUUGCUGAAGUUUCGGU